CUUCGCCCGUGCUGGUACGGACAGUGUUUAUUUAAUUAAGUAGUUUCGCCGCCGCUUCAACUUGCCGCGUUCGGCGGAUCAAGACAUAAAAUUAUGUAUCGCGGUGUUUUAAACGUUCCCAAAACUAUUAGAUAGAUGACAUUCCGAUCGUUUAAAUUCUAAACAACGGAAAUAUUGGAAAUUUUACCGAGAUUAAUUCUUAUUUGAAGCGUAUCUAAGCUAUGGAUUACUUAAGCGGGUGGUGCAAGAGUACCAGGAGGCUCGAUGGGAUGACGGCUAUCGUGACGGGCAGCAACACGGGCAUCGGCAAAGAAACGGCUCUAGAUUUAUAUUUGAGAGGCUGUCACGUUAUUAUGGCAUGUCGCGAUAUAAACAAAGCAAAUGUGGCCAAAACCGAAAUAGAAUCAUUACAUAAUAGUACUGAAGGAAAAGGAAGUCUGAUUGUUCGAAAACUGGACGUCUCCAGCCUGAGCUCUGUGCGCGAGUUCGCAUCACUGAUGUUAGCCGAGGAGACAAAGAUUGAGAUCCUAGUGAAUAAUGCUGGAGUUAUGAUGGCACCACAGGGUAUCACCGAAGACGGCUUCGAAACGCACAUGGCCACGAACCACUUUGGCCACUCUCUCCUGACGCUUCUCUUGCUGCCAUUGCUUGCUAAUUGUAGCCACGCCAGGGUGGUCAACGUGUCCUCAAUGGUACAUCAGCGUGCAGAGCUCGAUUUCGAUGAUAUUAAUUAUGAGACUACAAAGUAUGAUCCUCUAAUGGCGUAUUGUCGCAGUAAGGUCGCAAACAUAUUGUUUGCACGGGCCCUUUCUCAAAAACUGCGGGAUCACAACAUAGGCAAUGUGAGCACAUACAGCCUGCACCCGGGCGUCAUCAGCACGGAGAUCAGCCGGCACUUCAGCGACACGUUCUUCCGCGGCACCACGUGGCUGUUCGACAACGUGUUGUUCUGGUUCUGCAAGUCGCCCCGCUGCGGCGCGCAGACCACCAUCUACUGCGCCGUCGACGAACAGUGCGCUAAUCAAUCUGGACUUUAUUACAGCGACUGUGCGGUAACCGCCUCGUCAAAAUAUAGCCAAAACUACGCUAACGCUGAACAACUCUGGAAGGUGACCUUAGCAGCUCUCAAGUUACGAGAAGAUACCUUGUUCGGCGAUGUCGCUCCGCAGUUAUAGAAAUCGAGCUCGUAAUUAAUGCUAGGUAAUGC